AUGCCUCUCCCUCGUCAAGUCUGCAUUGCUGUUAUUGGUGCCGGUGGUGUUGGCAAAUGCUUUCUCUCUCAGCUCUCAGGCCUCGCAUCCAAGCUCUCUCAAUCACCGGGAGCGCCAUACUACCUCUCCCUCGUCUGGCUGAGCACCUCCAAGAAAGCCAUCUACAACGCCGACUACAAGCCCCUCAACAACUGGGAGUCUGAGCUCCAGAACUCUACCAAGCCCACACUGCCACUCCCAGAGCUCGCCGAAUACCUCGUCAAGGCACCAGGAAAGGUCGUCUUGGUGGACAACACAAGCAACCAGGACGUAGCAAACAGCUAUCCCGCCUUCCUCAAGAAGGGCAUCAGCGUCGUCACACCAAACAAGAAAGCAUUCUCAGGCGACUACACCCUCUGGACCGACAUCUUCAGCGCCGCCUCCAACGGCACCGGUAACGGCGGCUACAUCUUCCACGAAUCCUCCGUGGGCGCCGGCCUGCCCGUCAUCUCCACCCUCAAAGACCUCGUCGAGACGGGCGACCAAGUCCAAAAGAUCGAGGGCGUCUUCAGCGGCACCAUGAGCUUCCUCUUCAACUCCUUCCAGCCCACAUCCGGCGGCGGCGGCAAAUUCUCCGCUGAAGUCACGAAUGCAAAGGACAAGGGCUACACGGAACCAGACGCCCGCGACGACCUCAACGGCCUCGACGUCGCGCGCAAACUCACCAUCCUCGCGCGUCUCGCUGGCCUGAAGGUCGAGUCGCCAACGUCCUUCCCCGUCCAAUCGCUCAUCCCCAAGGAGCUCGAGUCGUGCUCGUCCGGCGACGAGUUUCUCCAGCGACUCCCCGAGUUCGACGGCCAGAUGGACGAGCUCAAGUCGGAGGCGGAGAAGGAGGGCAAGGUCAUUCGCUUUGUUGGAAGCGUGGAUGUACCGAACAAUAAGGUCAAGGUGGGGUUGGAGAAGUUCGACAAGAGUCACCCCAUUGCGGCGCUCAAGGGCAGCGAUAACAUUAUUGCUUUCUACACGAAGCGGUAUGGCGACAAUCCGCUGAUCAUCCAGGGCGCGGGAGCAGGUGGAGAUGUUACUGCCAUGGGCGUUACGGCGGACUUGGUCAAGGUGUUGCGGUUGUUAAACUGA